ACUCAGGAUCAACUUGCAUGUCAUCUAACUCAUACAACACCAGAGGUGAAUGAAAUUGUUUUGAAGAACAUGCAUCUCAAUAGACAUGUAAUGGAAGAAACAUCUGGACCAAGAUAUUGUCCAUCUAUUGAGUCAAAGGUAAUGAGGUUUACAAACAGACCACAUCAAGUAUGGUUAGAGCCUGAAGGUUUGACGUCCAAUAUAAUUUACCCACAGGGACUAUCUUGUACACUUCCAGUUGACUUGCAGUUACAGCUAAUUAGAAAAGUAACAGGCCUUGAAAAUGCUGAAAUAGUUAAACCAGGUUAUGGUGUAGAGUAUGAUUACAUUGAACCAAGACAAUUAAAACCCAGUCUUGAGACACACUUUAUAACUGGAUUGUAUCUUGCUGGUCAAAUAAAUGGUACAACUGGUUAUGAGGAAGCAGCUGCACAGGGAAUAAUGGCCGGUAUCAAUGCUACAUGUAGAGUAAAGAAUAAUGAUGAAUUCAUUGUGAAAAGGACAGAUGGAUACAUCGGUGUACUGAUUGAUGAUUUGACAACCCAAGGAGUGAUAGAACCCUACAGAAUGUUUACAAGUCGAGCUGAAUUUAGAUUACAUCUAAGACCGGAUAAUGCAGAUUUGAGACUCACUAAAAAAGGUUAUGAUGUUGGUUGUGUUAGUGAAGAACGAUGUAAAGUAGUGAGUGCAGUACAAACACAACUACAACAUGACACUGAGCUACUAAAGUCUGUGAAGAAAACACCAUCGUUCUGGAAAGACACGAUGAAUAUACAUUUAGCUGGUCAACACAAAAGAAGUGCUUUUGAUAUAUUGAACUAUGAUAAAGUAACUAUUUAUAAGUUAUCCCAAGCUUGUCCAGAGUUUAAACAUCUGGCUCAUGAUGUGGAAAUUGCAACCAGACUAAAAAUUGAAGGUAUCUAUGCACCAGUAAUGUGGCAGAUAAAUUCUGAUAUAGAAGCAAUUAAACAGGAUGAAGAAUUGAUGCUACCUACUGAUGUGGAUUAUGAUAGUAUUAAUGUAUCUAAGGAAGUCAGAGAGAAGCUAAGUCAAGUGAGACCAUCCACAAUCGGAGCAGCAAGUCGUAUUCCAGGCAUGACCCCGGCAGCAUUGGUGAUACUAUUGAAUUUAGUCAAGAAAAGAAAGUUAUGGAAACAAAAUUCAAGGAAAAUGCAAUAUUUAUCAUGA